CAAGGCGAUGGUCAAGUGAAGUGGACCGCAAGCACGCACGUCUCGCGCCCCCGCUGAGUCAGCACGCCCGCCCUCGUCUCCUUUCCGCCUGUGCCGCCCUCCACGCACGGACGUCCACCCGACGAGGGAGUAGUCUGCAAGGCAGUCCAGUCCAAUUCUCAUUCCCAUCUCUACUGCUCAAUCCCUACUCUCUUCCUCGAUGCUCACCACCCUCAUCACAGAAUAGCACACGCACGACAAGCAUCAUCGCCGAAGUACAGGACACUUGCGCACGGCCAUGCCCCCCCGCGCCCCAACCCCGGCGCAGCGCGAGGUAUUCGCCCUGUAUCGUCGUGGUCUACGAGCAUUGCGAAAUAAGCCGGAGGCCUCCCGUCCCUCCUUCCUCCUCUACCUACGUCAUGCCUUUCGUCAUCCCUCCCUAGGUGGGGGACUGCGCAAACGCGACUUCAGUGCGAUCGAGUACAUGUUGAGGCGCGGGGAGCGGAUGGUGAGUGAGGUGUUUGAGGACGUGGGGGUAAAAAGGGUCGGGCUGCCCCGUGGAGCGGCGGAGUGGUGGGAGGGGGUGGUGAGGGGCAGGAGCGGAGGCGGGGAGGAGGGCGAGGGGGCGAAGUGA